AUGGCAGUCGCACGAUAUCAUCAUGUAGCAGCCACAUUGUUAAAUGGAAAGGUAUUAGUUGCUGGCGGAUAUAAUGGUGUUUAUCUCACGAGUGCUGAACUAUAUGAUCCAUCGACAGGUACUUGGGCAACGACAGGAAAUAUGAAUGUUGCACGGUAUUAUUUUACCGCAUCCAUAUUAUCAAAUGGAACAAUAUUAGUUACGGGUGGAGAGAAUGACGAUAAUCUACAGAGUACUGAACUGUAUACUCCAUCGACAGGUACUUGGACAACGAGAGCAAACAUGCAUGUCGAACGAAAUUGUCAUACAGCAACCCAGUUAUCAAAUGGAAAAAUAUUAGUUGCUGGUGGAUAUAAUAGUGGUACGGAAAGUAGUUCAGAAUUGUAUGAUCCAUCAACAAAUACUUGGACAAUGACAGGAAGCAUGCAUGUCGAACGAGGUUGUCAUACAGCAACCCAAUUAUCAAAUGGAAAAAUAUUAGUUGCUGGCGGAGACAAUAAUGCUGCUGUCAAUGGUGCGGAAUUGUAUGAUCCAUCGACAGGUACUUGGACAACGACAGGGAGCUUAAAUGUCGCACGAUUUCUUCAUACAGCAUCCAUAUUAUCAAACGGAAAAGUAUUAGUUGCUGCUGGAUGGGAUUCUAAUAAUUAUUUCAAGAGUGCUGAGUUAUAUGAUCCAUCGACAGGCACUUGGACAAUGACAGGAAGUUUGAGUGCAACACGAGAAGUUCAUACAGCAUCCGUAUUACCAAAUGGGAACGUAUUAGUUACUGGUGGAGAGAAUGACAUUUAUCUCAAUGGUGCCGAAUUGUAUGAUCCAUCCACAGGCAUUUGGACCAAGACGAAAAACAUGACUGCCGCACGAGAAGCACACACAGCAUCAAUUUUAUCAAAUGGACAAAUAUUAAUUGCUGGUGGAAAAAGUACUGGUAGUAUUUAUCUGAAUAGUGCUGAAUUAUAUUAA